AUGGGUUCUUAUGGUGAUAUAGAAUUACAUGUUGCUAGUUAUAAUGGACACAAUGAAUUUAUUCAAUUAUUAUUAACAGAUAGUGCAUUGAAAUCAUUUGAAAACAUUUCUAAUUCAUCAGCAUUCUAUAAUCAAUCUAGAAUAGACGAAAUUGAAAAAUUAUAUCAACAAGCUACGAAUUUAUGUUAUCUUCAGGAAAAUAUUCAAGAUUCUGAUUAUAUUGAAUGGUCAUUAAUUGGUGAUAAUCUAAUUAAAAAAUGUAAAAAAUUUCGUGAACAAAUAGAUUUAUAUAAAACGUAUGAUAAUCAUCAUCAUUUAAUAACGAAAUUACUCAUUGAAAUAAUUGAUUAUUAUUUAAAUGAAUAUUUAAUUGAACAAGAACAUUUAUCGAGACAUGAAGCGAAAACCGUUGAAUCUUAUUUUAAACAAGCAAUUGAGGAACAAAAUUAUUUAAAAUACUUUAUCAAAGCUUAUACAUUAACAAAUAAUUUUUAUCGUGUUCUAAAUAAACAUCUAGCAUUAUAUAUAUUAGAUUAUUUUGAUACAGCAUCUUAUUCUUCUUUGCCAACAAAAUAUCGUUUAAUUAAUUGUUUAGUACAUAUAGUUACAUUAGUAAUUAAUCAUCCAGAUAUACAUAAGUAUAGAUAUGAGGGUGUUUGUUUUCGUGGUUUAUUAAUGACGAAAAAGGAUUUGAAGAACUAUGCUAUUGGCAAUCACAUAUUAAAUCGAUCAUUUUUAUCAACAUCAAAAAGUUGUACGAUUGCUAAAAUAUUUGCUGAUAAUAGUCAACAAAAUACUUUAGAAGAAACAUCACAAAAUGAUCGUGAUUUAUCACAAGUAUCUGUGUUAUUAAAAUAUAAAAUUAAACAAAAUCAAACAGCGAUUGAUAUUGAACAUUUAUCAAUGAUACCAGAUGAAAAAGAAGUAUUAAUAUUACCAUUUUCAGUAUUUCAAGUUAAAGAUAGAAUUAGAAAUAGUUCAAAAACGUCUUCACCAGUAUUAUAUGAAAUUGAUUUAGAAGAAUGUGAAGAAGACAAAGAAACAAAUAACAGAAAAGACAAAAGUAGUUGUCCAACAAUGAUAAAUCGAUCUGUUUGGAAUGGUAGUGAACCAAGAAAUUAUACUAUUUUAUCAACACCUGUUCCUUAUAUUGGUAUAUAUCAUACAACUGGAUCACAAUGUACCACGCUUGAUUCUUGCAUGUCAAUAACACAAGAUUGGCAAAGAUUUCAUAUGAAUACAAGGAAUUGGUCUGAUAUUGGUUAUAAUUUUUUAGUUGGUGGUGAUGGCUAUAUAUUUGAGGGUAGAGGAUGGAAUUAUACGGGUGCACAUUGCAGAGGUUAUAAUCCACAAUCAAUUGGUAUUGGUGUUAUUGGUGAUUAUACUUCCAUUCAACCAUCUAAAUCAUUAGUAAAUGCUGUUAUAUCUUUAAUUACGUGUGGUAUUUCAUUUGGUUUUAUUCAAGCAAAUUAUACUUUUCUUGGACAUUGGGGUUAUGGUAUUAUUGAAUAUUAUAUGCUUCAUUUAAAUAGAUCUUCUAAUAGUAUACAAUAUUGUUUACCAACACCGACAACUGUUUCACUGAAAUAG